AUGAAUUCUCGAUACUCUCCACCCCUAAAAACAUGGAGAGUCAAAGCAAUAAUCGUAAAUCAACACGACCGCUUACAUUUCCUUCGAACACCAAAAGGAAGCGCUGUUCUGAAUGAUUCAAGUAAAAAUGAAGAGCAAAAUGGUGGUGGGAAAAUGAUUGGACAUAAUGUGACGUGUGGGGAUUUUCUGGAAGUGACACUUAGAGAAAGUGGCUCAGUGCGCUGGUCGGAAAGCAAUCCGUAUCUCGUUCUCUCGUACAGGAAAAUCCCACCACCACCCGGGAUUUCUGUGACAGGUUAUGGAAAGGAUAUAAAGAUUGAAUGCAUUACCCACUAUUCUGGCUUUCUUCGAAACGAUGUAGGUGACGGUUUGGACAUUUUCACGACCUCUUUCGUUGACAGGAUAUAUGAUUUCGAUUGUGUAACAACAAGAAUCCUAAAGAAUGAUCAUUAUGAAGAUGCAGAGUAUUUGAUGGAGUUGAAAAUUGGAAAAGUUCGCCAGAGAAAUGGAGAAGAAUUAAUCGUUUCUCGGCUUAUCGAUUUUUGGUUUCCCGAGCGAAGAAAUUAUCAGAGCCAACGAAAUGAGGAUUCAACUGGAUUUUUGAAUAAAAGACUUAGAGAAGAGAUGAAUUAUGAGAGAAGAGAGAGAAGAGAGAGAAGAGAAGAGAAUGAGAACGGUUACAAUAGUACCUAUUCGUCAGCGAACAGCAUCAGAAAUGAAUCACAAUAUUUGAGUUCUCGCGGAAGUUUCGAUGAUGGAGAAUCGACGCGAAAUGAAAUCUCACCACCACCACCAAGAGAUACGAUGGAUGAGAGUAGUAAAGAAGAGGAAGCGAAGCGAUUGUUCCUUCGUUGGUGGUCUAAUCCCGAGAUGCGUCGAGUUCUUCACGCAAAGGACUCCAAACUCGUUGAAGAGAUUCAGAGAACCAUGGCUCAUAAUUCA